GAACGCGUCCGGAGCUAGUCGGGAGCGCGCGGCCGAGCCCCGGCCCAGGAUGACAGCCAUCCGCGUGCAGACCCAGAAGCUGCUGGCCCAAAGGAGGCCCCGCCGGUCCUUCUCUGAAUCCUCCAUCCGGGCCCUCAUCAUCCUGUCUGCCUCCCUGGCCGUGGUCCUCUCCUCCAUCUCCAUCUGUGAUGGCCGCUGGCUCCUGGCCGAUGACCGCCUCUUUGGGCUGUGGCACCUCUGCACCACCUCUAACCAGACUGAGCUGCACUGCUUCCGAGACCUGAAUCAGGCCCAUGUGCCUGGGCUGGCCUCGGGUAUGGCCAUGGCCCGCAGUGUGGCCACCGUGGCCAUAGUGGUUGCCAUCUUUGGCCUGGAGCUCCUCAUGGUGUCCCAGCUGUGUGAGGACCCCAAAUCUAGGCACAAGUGGGCCAUGGGCUCCACCCUCUUCCUCCUCUCGUUCAUCCUCUCCUUCGGGGGCCUCCUGAGCUUCCUGAUCCUUCUCAGGAACAAGGUCACGUUCAUGGGCCUCACCCUGAUGUUCUGGAGCGAGUUCACGGCCUCCUUCCUCUUGUUCCUGAAUGCCAUCAGCGGCCUCCACAUCAACAGCAUCACCCACAUCCACAGUGUCACGCAUCCCUGGGGGCUGCCUGCAAAAUUUUAGGCCCCUCUCCCAGGAUGUCGAGUUCUGCCAGAAAGUGAGAUCAAGAUGGGACUCUGCAACAUGUGACAUUCAAACUGCUGCCUCUUAGCCUUGGGGUGGUUGGGCCAGUGGUCCAGGGGCCUUUGCAGCUGGUCUGCAGCCCGGAGGCCAAG